CCACACAUCGUCGCGCGGUAGUGUACUCAACAACUCAUACCUACUGUCCUGAUCUACCAACAACCAGCGGUGACGACCGAAAUAAAUUUAUUCAAUGGGUGCCAAUUCAUCCAAGCCGGCCACACAUACGUGGACCGGCUCGCAACCAACAGGCGUGUCGCAAAACAUUGUCGAGUCGUUCCAAUCAAGCACAGAGACGGAUGCAUCACGCGCGCAAUUAUUAGAGCUUCAGGUCCAGGCCCGCGUGGCCUCGGAGCUCAAGAAGCUGCAGUCUGCUGAGGCCGUCGCCGUCAAGGAGGCCCUCGACAAGCUGUCGGAGCAGACCCCGGCUAACGAAGACGGCAAACAAAAGACGCGGUUCACCGUCUCCAAGGAGGUGGCCGCCCUGCGCGAGAAGCUCGAGGAGGAGAGGAAGAAGGUCCACGGCCUGCCGGACGAGGUCGAGAGCGCCCGGUCCGAGGUCGUCCGCUGCCUCAGGGAACACGACAGGCGCCCGCUCGACUGCUGGCAGGAGGUGGCCAACUUCAAGGAGCAGGUCAGGAAGUUGGAAAAGGGCUGGGUUGAUAAGGUCGUCUCGUAAAAGAGCUGCGGGUUGGUCGAUGAUGAUGGAGUGUACUAUACUGUUGUCCAGCUAUACAAAAAAGAAGAGAGUAGCUGACGCAAGAAAAAAAAAAAAAAAAAAAGCAGUCAGUGCCGGUUGUCAACCAUUAAUCCUCUGGCGAGGGGGGCCUCCAGAAAAGUAAGCGUAUUGUGGUUAUGGUAUUGAUAUUGG